AAUCUGCUAAGGAAUUGCUUCAAAUCGGGAGUGAAGGCAGCAAGAUAUAUUUGGUAUGGAGUUAGUCUUUUAUAUCUUAUGUGAAAGUUACUAAAAAGCUGGCUACAGAUUGGUUGAUUGAAAAUAAGGUUGGUUUCCUGACUGUUAGUGCAUGCUAGUACUGCUGAUAGUGUGUAAUAACGAAAUGAAGGUUUCCUAAAUCUGUAAAAAUGACAUAAAGUGUGUUGGUUGAGAAAAUUUUAUGUGAAUUUAGUGAGAAGAAAAGAAUAGCAUGAUUUUCACUUUGCAAGUUAAAUUGAAUCCUCGGAGUUUAAAGGACUCCAGGACCGAGUGGUGUUCACAGAACGGCGCUGAUACACAUCUUCUUUUACAUUUUGGCUUUCUUGCAUACCUCACCUAAAGUUUUGAUGCUAGUGAUUGAAGAUAUGUAUCUUGACCAAGAAUAAGAACAAACACCACAUGGAUAUGGAGUCUGUCGGUGAAAAAAAUUAGUUUCUCACAGGUUGAAGGAUAUUUGAAGAAAUGUGAGAAUCUGAUUGACUCACUUUCGAGGUAGAAGCAGGUUUUGGAGAGGGAUGAAAUCAUGAAAAAGUACCAAGCAGUUACAUCUCGUUUGGAACAAGAUUUGAGCAGUAUUUCUAUUGAUAUACUUGACAUAUCGGAUGAAGUUAAAGAACAGGUUGCCCUUGUUCUUGCUCAAUUCCGAAGAGCCAAGGGAAGAAUUGAUGCACCAGACAUUGAGCUUUAUGAAGAUCUUUUGUCCCUUUACAACAAGGAUAACGAUGUGGUAGAAGAUCCUGCUGUCUUGAGGAGAUUGGUUGAAAAACUACAGCUGACCGAAAUAACCAACCUUACGAAUGAGUCAAUAGCAUUGCAUGAAAUGGUUACUGCCAGUUCUGGAGACCCAGGUGAAAGUAUAGAAAAAAUGUCAAUGCUACUAAAGCGAAUCAAGGAUUUUGUGCAAACAGAGAGUCCAUAUGUAGGCUCACCACCAGGAGAAAGUUCCGCUCUUCCCUGUUGCACCGACCAAGGAACAUUGGUCAAAAGUCCUAAAAACAGCGUCAUACCAGAUGAUUUUCGUUGUCCUAUAUCACUUGAGUUGAUGAAGGAUCCUGUUAUUGUUUCAACGGGACAGACCUACGAGCGUUCUUGCAUUGAAAAAUGGUUAGAAGCAGGGCAUCACACAUGUCCCAAGACGCAACAAAACCUGACGAGCACCGCACUCAUACCCAACUAUGUAUUACGCAGCCUCAUAGCCCAAUGGUGUGAGACAAAUGGAAUGGAGCCACCAAAACGAUCCGGUAGGUCUGCUUCUGCCUGCACCCCUGCAGAACGUUCCAUGAUCGAAUGUCUCCUUCGUAAGCUUAAUUCCAUCAGUCCUGAUGAUCAGCGGACCGCCGCUGGUGAAAUCCGCCUCCUUGCAAAACGGAAUGCCGAUAAUCGUGUAGCUGUUGCCGAAGCUGGCGCCAUCCCUCUUCUCACAAACCUCCUGACUGCACCAGAUUCCCGCACACAAGAACAUGCAGUGACCGCUCUUCUUAACCUCUCUAUUUGCGAGGAUAACAAAGGCAGCAUCGUAUCCUCGGGGGCUGUCCCCGGUAUAGUUCAAGUCCUGAGGAAAGGUAGCAUGGAAGCACGAGAAAACGCUGCAGCCACCCUUUUCAGCCUCUCUGUGAUCGACGAAAACAAAGUGACCAUCGGUUCAUUGGGAGCAAUCCCACCUCUCGUUUUACUGUUGAGUGAAGGAACUCAGAGAGGGAAGAAAGAUGCUGCAACGGCACUAUUUAACUUGUGCAUAUUUCAAGGCAACAAAGGAAGGGCUGUGAGAGCCGGCGUGAUCCCUACAUUGAUGGAGCUUCUUACGGAACCACAAGGUGGGAUGAAGGAUGAAGCAUUAGCCAUUCUAGCCAUACUGGCUAGCCACCCGGAAGGGAAGGUGGCUAUAGGUAAAGCCGAGGCAGUGCCGGUUCUGGUGGAAUUUAUGGGAAGCGGGUCAGCUAGGAACAGAGAGAACGCGGCCGCGGUUUUGGUGCACCUUUGUUCUGGAGAUGAAAAGUAUCUGGUGGAGGCUCAAGAAGUGGGAGUAAUGGGGGUGCUGGUGGAUUUGCUACAUAAUGGCACCCCAAGAGGGAAGAGGAAAGCAGGACAGUUGCUGGAAAAGAUGAGCAGAUUGGUAGAAGAACAGAAGGUUUUGGCUCAGACCCGGGCUCAGGAGAUGGAAGAUAGGUGAUGUUAUUUUUUGACCAAGAGUCAUGUGAGAAUAGGAAGCGUAAGAAGGGAUCUAGACCUUUGAUCACUUUUAAUCUCACCCCAUCACAUGAACUGCAAUUGAUCUGGUGCAUCUGGGUACACCGUAUCAACAUUGCUUUUCAAGUAGGAUUGAUCCAAGAGUGAAGAUCCCUUCUUACCCUUCUCACUUUUAACUUCCAUUCUCACCGGAAC